AUGAAAACCUUUACUUUAUGUUUAAAAAUUUUUACAUUUCUUCUUUUAAUUUGGAUAUUCCCUUUUUUUUACAAGUAUGAUUCCAGUAAGUCAUUGAUUAAUAGAGAUACAUUACAAACAAAAAUUGGGGUAAAACACAAAAGAAUAUUAGCAGAGGGUGAUAAAUCAGAAAAAAAAUCAUCUUCUUUUGAAACAUUUAUAGAUAGUUACCCAUCUAGUGAAAUAGAGAUGAGAUAUGUUGAUUUGGUUUAUUUAAUGGACAUGUAUAUUAAAUGUUAUAUCGCUAAUAUUAAAUCAUUCUGUGUAGAUGAAGUUUUAUUUAAUGAAGAAAAUGAAAUGAGAUAUAAAUGUAGAAAUAAAAUAUUAAAUGCUUAUAGAAAUAAUUUUAUAGAUGAUCUCUGUGAAGAUUGUUUUAACUGA